UACUCAUUAAACAAUAGCUAAUUAUAACAACAGUGUUUUCAGUCGUCGGUGAUUACAUGGCGAAAUACAUUUUCCCUGUCACAUAUAUAAAAAAAGCCGACUGACACGGGUCGGGUCUUGCUAGUCGGGGGCGAGUGAAGCUAUACUUGAGUUCAUCUUUAAGCCAUACGCCCAAUACAAGCUCGUUGCUCUGAUAAGGACCAAAUGGUGUCGAGUAAUCAGCGUAUAAAUUGACCGAGGACAGCAUACACAAGUUCUGUACUUCAGAACGUGGAACUCCGCUAGUAACUGACAACGGAAGUCGCCGGGUAACUUUUUCUCUGCACGCGGUCCAUCCAAGACCCUCUCUUCUUAAACUUUUGUUUUUUUGGACUUGGAUUUAGAUUUAAUAGAAAGAAGUCAUAAUUUUGGAUACAGGUAUGACGGGAGAGACGAUAGCAGUGAGACAUGGGGACCUACACGGGCAUAUAUCGGCACCCAGGCCCCUGGUCGUCGCCUCAUCGGUGGCUACUUCUCUCGCCUCGUCGCCGAUACAGCGCUCCCCGUUCGCCAUCCACGAGCUGCUUGGACUCGGCCGGUCUACGGCUACGACAGAGCACUCGAUGUGCGACCCCAGUGCGGUGGUAGCGGGACACGACUCGCUCCGGGCAGCUCAUAUCAUGAGGACCCAUCACCAUAUACAGGCUAUGGCCUCCCUGCCUGGGUUUCACCCGGCCUCUCUGUACUUUGCCAAGCCACCCAUGUUUGAGCCGGCAACUCUGGCCCUUGCCAUGCACAACAGGCUAGUCUCGGCGGCUGCAAUGCCCCCACCACCUUCGCCACCGCCACAAAGUGAAGAACGGCACCAUAUCACAGAUGUAACAGAGAGCAGUGAUGACAACAUGGGUACCAGACACGCAGGGCUUCUGCACAGCAGCCAAUCCCCACCCCCUAAUCAGACCUCCAGUAUGGUGGCCGGUGGGAAAAAGAAACGAAAGAAGAGGCGACACAGGACCAUCUUCACGAGCUACCAACUGGACGAACUUGAGAAGGCGUUUACUGAUGCCCACUAUCCGGACGUUUACGCCCGUGAGAUGCUUGCCCUUAAAACCGACUUGCCUGAAGACCGGAUUCAGGUAUGGUUUCAGAAUCGCCGAGCAAAGUGGCGCAAGAGGGAGAAAUGCUGGGGUCGCAGUAGUGUCAUGGCCGAGUACGGGCUGUACGGUGCCAUGGUCAGGCAUUCACUGCCUCUACCGGACAGCAUCCUUAAGUCAUCGGAGGAAGGCAAGGGGGAAUGUUGCGCUCCUUGGUUACUCGGUAUGCACAAGAAAUCAAUCGAGGUUGCCGAAAAGAUCAAAGAGAAAGAUUUAACGCCAGGUGAAGAGGACCGACCAUCAUCCCCAUCCCCUCAACCAGACCAACCCUGCUACGAAGACAAAGACAAAAUUCGUUCCAACAGUAUAGCGUCUCUACGGGCCAAAGCCAUCGAGCACACAUCGAAGAUCCUAGGACAGACUUUGCCGUCGAGGCUGUCACCUACAGGAUCCUACGGGGAGGACGACGCGUCAGGACGGCGGAGCGGUGACGACGAAGCCGGUAUCAGCAGCUCGUCCUCAGAGUCAGAAGCCGGUACAGAUGAUCGCUCGCCGUUGCACGAUCGCGACCACAGUCACUUUCCUACCCUCGGGCAACCCGUAGGGCACGAGAAAACACCACAGACAUUCACGGCGCAUUAAUAGAAAGGAAUUACUGUCAUUCAUACGUGUAUAUUUUUUAAGUAUAGUGGACUGUGUCUAUGAAAAUCUUCUAUAAACAGUUUCAUUUUGUAUAUCCGCAUUUAACACAGUAUAUUGACAUUGUAUAGAAACAACAAUUUUACUCAUUUUAUAUAUUUCAAUUUGUUAGUUAAUUAUUCCGAUAAGUGUGCAGUAUGUGAAAUCAUUGGUUUAUGUGUUCACCUACACGAAGAUUUGUUAUAGUUAAGUUACCACAAUGCACCCUUUAGGAUUAGGUACUGGCGACGGCUAAUCAAUUUGGACAGAAACACAUUUUCAUAAUGUUUUUGGAUUUUUAUUUUGAACAUUUCUCAGAAGUCUUUUGCAUUGCUCGGAAUUGUUACGCUUAUGACUGUCGGUAAAAAUACUUGUCAAAUAUGUAAAUAAUGUUUGUUCAGAACAUCGGAUAUUAUAAUACCACAGUCACUAAUUAAUUAUUAUUAUUACACAGUAGUCGGCAGUCCGAAGCAAGUUAGUAUUGAUGAAAAUGUCGAGAUGUAGUCUCAACUAGAGAUCCGUUGGUUUAUUGUAGUUUCGGUCAAUUUUAUAAAAAGGGUUCAACUGUACCCUUUAACGUCAUUAAAUGCACUGGACACUAUUGGUAAUUACUCAAUUAAUAAUUGUUUACAUAAAAACUUACUUGGUAACAAGCGAUGGAGAGAUUUUGUUAGUAUAAACACUGUGAAAAAAUGGCUAGCGUUUUUUUUUAGAAUGAGGUAAUUUCUCACUCAAAUAAUAAAAGACUUCAGUCCCGAAGCCUGUUAUUGUGCAUCUAAAAAUACACACAUUUUGUGCAACAAGGGUGUUUUUCUUUCAUCAUUCUCUUACAAAUGCGAUGCCCAAUAUCGGGCCCAUAUUUUCACAGGUUCGUUGUUUUAUGCAUACGUUGAGAUACACCAAGUGCGAAUACUGGUCUUAGACAUUAAUUACUAAAAGUGUCUAGGUCUUUGGGUAAUAGAUAUGUCAUUACCCCCAAAUUUACUUGAUAAGACGCACUGCAACUAUUUUGAGAAAGGAUUCUAUUUCAGAAAGUUUUCAGAUGUUAGGGUUAAAAUAAUUUACCGGAAAAAAUUGAACAGUUUCAGAAAAUAUUUUAUUCUGUGUGCAGAACACUGCGAUAAAUUAAGAUAGCUGAGAUCGAAAAUGAGACGAUCGUUCUGCGCAUUGUUUGGGUAUAAUAGAAGAAAAGGGGACGGGGUCGGCAAUAAGCCACGAGAAAGGGAGGGAGAAAUGUAGGCCUAAGGUCAUAAAACCAUGACUCUCAUUCAACCUUGGUCUUUAAAUAAUUAACGUUGUGCCGAAUUCGAGGGGGAAAAACAUUCUUUUGUUGUCCUCUUUGAAAAUUUAAAAUGAUAGGAAAUCCACUGACUAUCUAGAAUAAAGACCGCGAGCUAAACUCGACAGUUGUGUUUGCAAAGGAGACCACGGUUGUCGAGAACGCCGAUGUGCUUGCCUUUAAAUCAAAUUAAUUUAACCAAUAACAAAACCUGGCCCCCCAAUAAUUAUCAAGGUGUAAUGAAUAAUAAUAUUAUCAAAUUUAUAAUUAAAUAAGCAUUUUAAAUGAUAAAAAAUGUAGAAGGUGUUUGCUUUUUCUUUUUGUUAGUCAAAAGACUUUUUAAAGUAAAUUGCUCAUUUGUCAAAACACUGAUUUCUUCGUUCGACCUAUUUAUUUGAUUUUCAACUCCAUAUAACUGAUAUCGAAGUACUGGAGCUAUUCAAAAUAUUUGAUUAUUUUUCUAUUGUCCGCUAUUAUGUCAAACAAAAGUACAUAUAUGUACUUGACAUGCAUAUUAAAUACAAG